AUGGAAAGACCACUUGAAUUUGAUGAUAUUGAAGUACAGGGGUCUGAUGAAAAUGAGGAAGAGGAAGAGUGUAUGCAAGAAAUUAGUAGUGAAAAACGAAAGCAAAUAAUUAAUGUUAGUGGCACUGCUUUUAAUGCUGUGAAUUAUGAUAGCUUCGGGGAAAUGAUUCGAGCAAUUGUAAAUUAUGAGAGGAAAAUGAAACCUCCAAGUUUUCAUGAAACAGCGGCAUUGUUGGCUAGUUUGAUUGAAAAAGAAUUGAUGGAAAUUGGUCCUGAAAAAGUGGUUCAAGUGGUUAGAGAUAAUGCAUCAAAUAAUGUUGCAGCAGGGAGAAUAUUGGAAGCAAAUUUUCCUCAUCUAUACUGGACUCCAUGUGCAGCCGAUUGUAUAGAUUUGAUAUUGGAGGAUAUUUUUAAGAUCCGUGUUUUCAAAGAAACAUUCUACAAAGUUGUUGAGCUUAUUAGUUUCAUAUAUGGCUCUUCAGGAGUUCUAAAUAUGUUGCGGAAGUUUACUAAUGGAGUUUCUGGUCCUCUUAUCCGUGUGCUUCGAUUGGUUGAUAAUGAAAAAAAACCAGCCAUGGGAUAUAUCUAUGAAGCCAUGGAUAGGGCUAAAGAAGCGAUUGCUAACUCAUUUAAUGGCAAUGAAGAGAAAUACAAGAGAAAAUUUGAGAUUGUUGAUGCGAGAUGGUCACUUCAAUUGUAUCGUCCUUUGCAUGCUAUCGGAUACUUUCUGAAUCCUUAA